AUGCGGCUCAGUUCUGGGACCUUCGCUGCCUGCUGCGUGGCGAUCGAGGUGCUCGGCGUGGCAGUGUUCCUUCGGGGCUUUUUCCCGGUUCCCGUUCGUUCCGCUUCCAGGAGAGAGCACCGAGCGGAGGCUGCAGUGCCCGAACCCUCGGCUGGAACCAGUUCCAACUGGACAACGCUGCCACCACCUCUCUUCAAUAAAAUUGUUAUCGUCCUGAUAGAUGCCUUGAGAGAUGAUUUUGUGUUUGGGUCAAAAGGUGUGAAAUUUAUGCCCUACACAACUUAUCUUGUGGAAAAAGGAGCAUCUCACAGUUUCAUAGCUGAAGCAAAGCCACCUACAGUUACAAUGCCUCGAAUUAAGGCAUUGAUGACAGGGAACCUCCCUGGCUUUGUCGAUGUCAUCAGGAACCUCAACUCUCCCAGAUUGCUAGAAGACAGUGUGAUUAACCAGGCAAAAGCAGCUGGAAAAAGAAUCAUCUUUUAUGGAGAUGAAACAUGGGUGAAAUUGUUUCCAAAGCAUUUUGUGGAAUAUGAUGGAACAACCUCAUUCUUUGUAUCAGAUUACACAGAGGUGGAUGAUAAUGUCACAAGGCAUCUGGAUAAAGUAUUACAGAGAGGGGAUUGGGACAUGCUGAUCCUCCACUACCUCGGGCUGGACCAUAUUGGCCAUGUUUUUGGACCCAGUAGCCCCCUGAUUGGGCAGAAGCUCAGUGAGAUGGACGCUAUCCUGAUGAAGAUUCACACUGCACUGCUUUCGCAGGAGAAAGAGAGUCUUUUACCCAAUUUGCUGGUCCUCUGUGGUGAUCAUGGGAUGUCUGAAACAGGAAGUCAUGGGGCCUCUUCCAAGGAAGAAGUGAGCACUCCUCUGGUCCUGAUUAGUUCCUCCUUUGAAAGGAAACCUGGUGAUAACAGAUAUUUGAAACACGUUCAGCAAACUGACUUGGCUGCAACACUAUCGGUAGGACUUGGUGUGCCAAUCCCAGAAAACAGUGUUGGCAAACUCUUAUCCCCAGUUAUUGAAGGAAAACCAAUGAGGGAACAGCUGAGACUCUUACACUUAAAUUCAGUGCAGCUUAGCAAAUUGCUGCAGGAGAAUAUGCCAUCAUAUGAAAAAGAGCCUGGAUUUGAGCAGUUUAAAAUGUCAGAAAGGUUGCAUGGGAACUGGAUCAAACUGUUCUUGGAGGAAAAUAACUCAGAAGUCCUUUUCAGCCUGGGAAGCAAGGUUCGCCGGCAGUACCUGGAGGCUCUGAAGACCCUGAGCCUGUCCCUGAGCAAACAGGUGGCCCAGUACGACCUGUACUCAAUGAUGGUGGGCACAGUCGUGAUUUUGGAGGUUCUGACCCUGCUCUUGCUCAGUGUGCCACAAGCACUGAGCACCAGGGCUGAUGUUGAAGUCCCUCUCUUGUCCCCCGUGUUUUCUCUUCUCUUUUACUUGAUGUUCCUGUUUUUUCUGGCUGUUCAUGUCAUUGUGUGCACCUCAGCUGAGAGUUCCUGCUAUUUCUGUAGUCUCUCUUGGCUGACGGCAGCUGGAGUGAUGCUGUUGAUUUCUGCUCUGCUCUGUGCAGUGGUGUCUGCUCUCACCAAGGUGUUUGCCAGUGGACAGCUUCUGGGGAAGAACUCAGCUCAUUCCAAGUCCCAGUGGUCAGAAUUAGAUCUUCUCAUCUUAUUUGGGACUGUGGGCCAUGUCUUUAGUCUGGGUGCAAGCAGCUUCAUCGAGGAAGAGCACCAGACCUGGUACUUCCUCGUCAAUACCCUCUGUCUAGUGUUGUGUCAUGAAAUCUAUAGAAACUGCUUCCUGGGUGACCAAUGUGAACCUCCCUGCCACUCACAUCUGGAAGGAUUGCAAAGUGCCGUACCAGCUCUGCAGAACCAGGACACUGGAUGUGACAUGUUGAAACUCCACAAAGUGCACCCUAGUCCCUCGCCCUUGGACUCACUCAGAGGUUAUGAGAAGUGGAUGGUGUUGGCAAGCCCAUGGGUGAUACUCACUUGCUGCCGGCUGCUGCGAUCACUCAACCAGACUGGUGUGCAGUGGGCCCACCGGCCUGAUGUGGGACAUUGGCUCACCAGCUCUGAUCAUAAAGCUGCACUCUCCGUUCUGUCCGCCCUUUCCCUCGUCAUGAUCUUUGUAUUGGUUCAGAGGAAGUGCUCCCCAGUUUCCAAAGUAGCCAUGGCCCUGGGCCUGCUGAGUGUCUACUGCUACAGGGCAGCCAUAGGAAAUGUAUUGUUGCCAUGGCAACAGGACAACAAGCCCCUUUCACAGGGAAUCAUCGAGGCUCGUCUUGUUUAUAUCUUUGUCCUUGGUAUUCUAUUCACGGGCACCAGAAGCUUACUUAAAUUCCAGAUGGUUGCUGCAGACACCAGGGCCAAGACUGUGGGUCUAUGGGAGAUCUAUAGUGGAUUAGCCCUGCUAGCAGCACUGCUCUUGCGACCACAUAACCUUCCUGUCCUAGUGUUCAGUCUCUUGAUUCAGACCAUCAUGACCACCUUUAUCUGGAAACCCCUGGCGCAUGAUGCAGCAGAGGUCACCAUCAUGCAUUACUGGUUCGGCCAAGCCUUCUUCUACUUCCAGGGGAACUCCAAUAGCAUCUCCACGGUGGACAUCUCCGUGGGCUUCGUGGGUCUGGGCAGUUAUGUGGAAAUCCCAGCUGUGCUCCUGACAACAUUUGCCACAUACUCGGGGCCUGUGCUCUGGGCCAGUCAUUUAGUGAGCUUCCUGGGUUCAGAAACCAGCAGCAAUUCAGCACUGAGUCAUGCUUGCUUCUGCUACGCACUGAUUUGUUCCUUUCCUGUUUCCACAUACAUCAUUUUAGUGACAUCCCUGCGUUACCAUUUAUUUAUAUGGAGUGUGUUUUCCCCAAAGCUUCUUUAUGAGGGAAUGCAUCUACUGAUAACAGCUGCUGUCUGUGUGUUCUUUGCAGUUGUGCAUCAGACCAACAUAAAGUCUUAAACUAAACUAUUGGAACACUGGGGAAAUGAUUGCGGGGAGGUGGGGUGGUGGGUUGUGCCACUGGUGGUACUCAGGUUUUACUUCUGGAUCUUCUCUCAGGGAUCACUCCUGGCAGGAUUUGGGAAACCAUAUAUGGUCCUGGGGAUUGAAC